AUGGAAGAUAUUGAAGAUAAUGAACAUGUUGCUUUAGAACAUGACAGAUUAGUGAGUGCCAUAUCAAAGCUGGACAAAACUCAAUACAUAACUGAGCCCACAAGAAAUGAGGCCACGAAUGUUAACUCGGAGUUCAACCUUAUCAAGAACAAAAAUAGAUUAAAUCUUAGUAAUGUUGCUAAGAUAUUAGAAAACACAUCGCAUCAUGUACAAAUAAGUAAAAAACUUAAGAAAACCCAGGACGAAUCUAAAGUGUUGACUAAGCCUCUUGAGAAACCACAAGCAGAACGUAUUAAAAGGGCUACGGGCUACGAAGAGACUACAAAGAGAGUUGGAAGAUGGGAUCCCGUCGUAGCUAGAAGUCGUACAGUAGAUUAUGUCACUUUUCCUCUAAAACAUGUGUCCACAAAGCUUCAACCAACAGGAGAGUUCCUUUCAAAAUUUAAGAGCAAGUCUGAUCUAGAAAAAGAAUUGGAGGAGCUGGAUCCUCCUACAAUUGAAGAGAAUGAUGAAGAAGACGAAAAGAUGUUCCCAAUGUCCUAUGAAGAAAUGGUUGAACACAGACAACAUAUUGCAAAAAUAAGAGCUCAACAAUCCUAUAAAGCUGCAAAGUCUAAGAGACAAGGCAAAAUAAAGAGUAAAAAAUAUCAUCGUGUGCUUAAAAAGGAAAAACUAAAACAACAGUUGAAAGAAUUUGAAGAAUUACAGAAGAAAGAUCCAGAGGAGGCCUUAAAGAAACUGGAAGCCCUUGAAAAAGGUAGAGCUUUGGAAAGGCACACAUUGAGGCAUAAAAAUACAGGAAAAUGGGCAAAGAACAAACUUAUUAGAGCUAAAUAUGAUAAAGAGGUCCGGCAGCAGUUAGCCGAACAAUUGGCUGUAAGUAGAAGUUUAACUCAAAAAACUCAAAACAAUCAAAGUUCAGAUGAUGAAAUUGAAACUGAAACUAUCCCUGAUUUAAAUUUGGCUCAAGAUCCGACGAAUCCUUGGAUGUUGCAAAGAUCUGACAAAUCAAAUGUAAAUACUGAAUUUAACUUUGGAUAUAAGAAAUUUUUACAAAAUAAAAUGAAGAGAAAUGAAGACACUGAUAGUGAACCAUCUGAAACGGAGCAAUCAAAUGUAGAAAAACAAGUUGAAAAGAAAUUAAACAAAAUAAGAGGAAACAUUGAAAGAUUAGAGAGGGCAUCUCGGCUAGAAAACAAAAAGGCUAAAGUAAACAAUACAGAAAGGGACAACUUAGAAUACCUUAAAUUUAAACCCACAAAAGUGAAAGCUGUCAUUGAUGAAGAAUUAAUAGAAACAGCUUCUAAAAAUGUUGAUGAGAUUAACAAUGGACCUGGAAUUACACCCGUUUCUAAAGUGUUAAAUGGUGACCAACUGCCAGCACAACAAUCUACAGAUUCAAAUAUUGAUCCUACUAGAUUUAUUGAUGUCAAGCCAAAAUAUUUAAAUACAGCUUUAUCACAAGUUGAAAAUGAAUAUGAUCAACUUGAUGAUGAUGAAAAGGUUGUGCCUAAAGUAAAUAUAGAGGAAGUGUUUGAGGAAGAUGAUGUAGUAGCCAGCUUCAGACAAGAAAAGGAAGAUGAAAAGAACAAAGACAAACCUGAAGAUAUUAUACUGAGUUUACCAGGAUGGGGCUCUUGGGGUGGUAAAGGUGUGAAACCACAGAAGCGUAGAAAAAAUAGGUUUAUAAUCAAUGCUGCACCCAAAAUGCCACGACGUGACGAAAAUAAAGGAGAUAUUAUUAUUAAAGAAUACAAAGAUCCUAAACUAGUUUCACAUAAAGUUCAAGAUGUGCCAUUCCCAUUCGAAAGUGUGAAAGAUUAUGAAGCAUCAAUAAGAGCACCUUUAGGCAAUACUUUUAUACCAGAAAAGGCACAUAAGAAACUCAUUCGUCCUAGUAUAAUUACUAAAGCUGGAACAAUUAUUGAACCAAUGGAUGAAGAGGAACUGCUUGUACCAAAAAAUCGAAGUUUUAAAAAUGAAGCUGUUAUGAAGAUAUUAGGAUGUAAAAGUAAAAAACAAAAGAUUACAAUAAAGUAA